CGUCGCCCUCCGUAACAUUCAUUUUCUUUUCUGUUCCAAUUGAGCAACACCUUUCGUCAUAACUGAACGGACUUUAAAUUAGUUGCAAUACUCCCCAAGUGUGCACUAUUAGGAAAGAAAGCAUACUUGCCUUCUCCUCACAGCAUUCUGGCGAAGCAUCUGGAGUUUUCGAGAAUUUUACGAACGAAGUUCGCAAACUGGUAUCUUCUAAGAAUUAGAAUUUACAGCAGGCUUUGUAUCUACUGUAACUCAUCAUCGUCACCAACCCGACAAUCAAAGAACCGAGAGGAUAACCACGAAGAAUUCGAUAAUGCGAUCCUGCUGCUCAAUCACCGAACGGACCACCCUUGCUGCUGUGCUUCUUUUGGCAAUCAGUGGGGUGUCGAAUGGCUUUGUCAACGGCCCGAAUACGAACCCAAGAUCACUGGCCUCAGAAACAAUUGCGACAACACCGCCAUUUGCUUACCAGAAUUUACCGACGUUCAAUGCGAACACCGCGCUUGCCACAUCUUCGGAUAGCGAGGAUGUCUUGUACAGCUUUGGUGCCGAGGUCGUUCCGGAAGGCCAGCGCCCCGUAAACGAAUACCUCGAUAUGAAACGGGCACCUCUCUUUGGAUGGGGAAGCAACGAGGUUGGACUCCAGGGUUUGCUGAUUCGUCUGGGGAUAUCCUACGCCGCAAUCUUUGCGCUCGUGUAAGUUUUGCAUGGUAGGAUAGUUCUGGAUUAUUGGGUCGUCCUGCCCGAUCGCCUGAUACGUUUUUUGUGAUGUAGACACUCAUCAAUGGAUGGGCUCAGUGGUUAGUCAUGGAAUCCGGAGGUUUAGGUUGACUAGAGAGCACAGCAGGCUAGCAAGACGAAAAAGAUUCUAUCUUUCUGGCUCAAUGGCUUGGUCCAUUCCAAUCACAAAGAGCAAUGAUUUCUCUAACCUGUUGAUGCUUUUUUGUAUUUUAAAUAAAUCGAACUAUUUGAACGACGGAUCUGAUCCAUCCAAACAUACUGUGGCAUAAAAUGUAACGCGAUGCCAUUUUUAUGGAAUAAAUAACAAAAAUGCGAUUUGAAACUCGUGCUCACYAUCGUUGCCGAAUCCGGUACUACUGUAUACAACAAACAACAAACCACAGUUGCUAUCCAAUCGCCGGCGCCACCUUCACCCAGGAUGGAUACCUCCUACAAAAGAUCGCAGCGGCCAACGUCGGAGCACUUGGAUUUGAGAUUGCGCUAUUGGUGCGUAUCUACAGUGGUUGGGGCUAUGUUGGUUCCCGCCUCCAGUCCAAGGUCAUCGAGUACGAGGAAACCGGGUGGUACGACGGGAACUUCGAACCCAAGACGGAGGCCGAGCUCAAACGAGAUAAGUUCCUCUUCCAGUCCGACGUGCAACCCGCCGUCGACCGCCUCAAACUYGUUACACUGGGAGCAGCUGCGCUGUGGGUGGGGUCCUGUGUUGCUCUCAACGCGGCAAACAGCCUGAAGCCAAAAUUCAACGAGUACGACCCACGCGUGCUCAAGAUGGUCAUGCAAGACGAGGACUUUGCCAAUGCGGCCGCGAAGGCUGCUGGCAACCGGCCCACCUAUUGCGACAAUCGCUAUUACCGGGCGGUUGCUAACGGGGGUCAGGGAUGUUAAGUUCGUUAUUUUUAGUUUGUACGCCAUGAAAUAUUGCAAGCUUKUGAUGUAUUUCUUUACUACAGAAUCUUUAGCCCAAUGACUUUUCCUCGCUGGAUAAAAAWCUACUUGACAC